AUGUUCUCUCGACAAAAUUCAGGUCUUCAAAUACUUCUCCUAUUUAUCGUAAUUAGUUUUGUCUUCUACAUCGCAGUGUUUAAAAACAUGUUAUUUUUACAAGAGAAGUAUUUUGUAAAUUUAACUGUUGCACAUCGAGGCGUGAGGGAGGCUGAUCAAGGAGAAGAAUCCAGGAAGAAGCUGAUAUUGCUUUACACGCCUUUUUUUGGACAAAAGUGGGCGAAUGAUCCUUCCUUAGGACCCAAUCGUUCGCCCUUUGAAGAGGGACACACGACUUUUAUGAAUUGCGAGGUUUCUAGUUGUCUGGUGACGUAUAACAGGAGUAGGAUAUUAGAAGCGGAUGCUGUUGGUUUUCACGCACGCGACAUGCCUGAAUUUCUUCCAAGUCGCAUGUCUUCGGAACAGAUAUGGUUCUAUUUUGUUCUGGAAAAUCCGCUGCACGUGCCCAUGGAUGCUCAUGGGUUUGCUGGUGUUUUUAACUGGACGAUGUCUUACAGCCGAGACUCAGAGGUUUAUACACCUUACGGAAAGUAUAUAACUUUAGAGAAGCCCUCUGAAAAAUAUCUCACAGGUAAUGAAACAGCUGGAAAGAGUAAACAAGUUGCUUGGUUGGUCAGUAACUGCCAGGCAACUGAACGAUAUCUCUACGUCAUGGAAUUACAAAACUACAUCCACGUUUCCAUAUAUGGAUUAUGCGGCCGGUUACGUUGUCCUCGGAAACGUCGUUGGCCUGUCUGCAAUGCGUUGCUAAAGCAACACAAGUUUUAUUUGGCGUUCGAAAACGGUAACUGUCCUGAUUACAUGACUGAAAAAUAUUGGGAAAACGCGAUUGACAAUGAUAUUAUACCCAUCGUUAUGGGGGGAGCCAAUUACAAGGUACUCGCUAUUCCAAAUUCCUACAUUGAUGUUCAAGAUUUUGAUUCUCCCAAACAUCUUGCUGACUAUUUGCUUUACCUCGAUGCAAAUGACACCGCGUACAGCGAAUACUUUGCUUGGAAGAAAUUUUAUAAACGUGUAGCGACGAACCGUGCUUGUGUACUGUGUAAUCAACUUCACAACCAAACUCUGUACGCCUUUCCAAGGGUUUACGAAGAUAUGAGGACAUUUUGGGACAAAAAUCACUGCAAAGAACUUGACUUGGUUAAGGGGAAUUCAUAG